ACGACUUCGAAAUAUGUAUGAGCUAUCAUAAUUGUUAGCAAUCAGUGAUAAAUUCGUGUUUCUCUUUUAUACGAAAGUGCAGUGGAGUUCAAAGUGAAUACAGUUGUUUUUCAGUGCAUAAAGUGGUAUCUGUAUCUGAUUGCCACAUUUUCACUGAACCAUUUUCUAUCAAGUAUAUAUUGUGUAAGAAGAUGUUAUAUGUGAAGAUUAGUGUAGUGAAGACUAUUAUAGAUUAGGUAACUUAUUAAAAUAAAAUAUAUGUAUAAGUAUAAUUUAUUGUUGAGAAGUGUAUAAUAUUGUACAAAUACAAUGAAGAAAAGAGUCGCAUUAAAUAUAAUGGAUCUUGGUUUAGCAAAGAUGAAUAACAGAAAAAUAUCCUUUCAUCCGAUUAAGAAGCAAGAAGGUGAAUACAUAGCACCCAGAAGUAUAUUUAGCGGUCAGUGCGCAACUUUCCAAGCGUCCAUGAAGCUGACAGUCACUAUAGGCCAGUGCUUCGGCCUUAACCCUGUAUUGGGGGUUAGCGAAAUGGAUCCGUCUAAACUCAGAUUUCGUGUAUGUUCAUGGAGAUUUUUCUACAGCAUCGUAUCGAUCGUUGCGCAGUUCUCAGUAGUGUUUUUAUGUUUGUUGAAGAUGUUGAGGCAGUCUGAAUCGUCCUUACCGUCUAAUACGUUCCUCGUCUUUAGCAGUACGAACUGUAUGACGACGAUUCUUUUCUUGCGCCUUUCAAGAAAAUGGCCACGGCUGAGUCAGCAAAUCUCCAAGACUGAGGCCGUUGACCCCAAUAUGGACUCCACGUUAGUAAGGAGGUGUAAUGCAUGCUGUAUAACAAUAUUGACAUUAGCGUUAAUUGAGCAUUUGCUGUCAGAUUUAUCAUCCGCCGCCGUGUCUAUGGACUGCGAGAACAAAGGUUAUGAAGGCUUUAUCAUGCAGAGCUUUCCCUGGAUUUUCGAUGUUUUGCCGUAUAACAACGUUUUUGGAUUUAUAUCUCAGCUGAUCAACAUCCAAUGUGCAUUUAACUGGAACUUCGCCGACGUAUUUGUGAUAUGCGUCAGCAUGUACCUGACGUCAAGGCUGGGCCAAGUGAACCACAGAGUGCGGGCUGUCAGAGGCAAGCAUGUUCCGCCGAUAGUGUGGAGGACUUUGAGAGAGGACUAUUCUCGUAUCACGAAAAUGGUUCGACGAGUGGACGAUGUUAUUGGAGAAAUCAUAUUCAUAUCGUUCGCGAACAACCUGUUUUUUAUAUGCCUUCAGUUGCUUCAUACACUUGCGGAGGGUAUAAGAGCCACUCCGACAUGUCAUGAACCAGACCGCAGACCUCUCCAAGGUUACGAGCAUGCAGUAUAUUUCGUGUUCUCCUUUAUAUUCCUUGUCUCUCGGUCUUUGAGCGUCUCCCUCAUAGCUUCUAAAGUACAUUCAGCUAGCAAGGAACCAGCGAAUGCAUUGUACGAUGUGCCUUCUGACGCAUAUUGUAUCGAGGUGCAAAGAUUUCUGAAUCAAAUACACGGUGAUACAGUUGCAUUAAGUGGAAUACAUUUUUUCAAUGUUACUCGUGGAUUAGUUUUGACUAUAGCUGGUACUAUAGUAACUUAUGAACUGGUUUUGAUGCAGUUCGCCGGAGUCACUCCAACCGCUGCUCCAACUUAAGCAUUAUGUUAGUAUGUUUGUAAAUUAAAAUUAAAUUAAUUAAUUAACAUAGACAAUUCU